UUGUCAACAUUUAAAGUUCAAAUAAUUAUAAAAAAAAUCUUGCAUAUGGUUAUUUAAUAUUUCUCAACUGCUAUUAUAACAACUUAUAAGGAACUUUGUAGUACAUUUUCAAGCAUUUUGAGUCUACGAAUAAAAUUUUAUUGACAUUUAUAGCUGAAUAUAAAACUAAAAAAAUUUAAAAUUUAAACGUCUAUUAAAAACGAGUAGAAAUAUUUUGAACAUUUUAUCAUCAUGUAUAUAAAAUGAUAAAAUAAAUAUUUGAUGAAUAUUUCAAGUACCCACGGUUAUUAGCUGUUGAAUAACGAAAAAAUAAGAAAAUCUUUGUAGGUAUGUGAGUUUGUGAAUUUAUAUUUAUUUUUUUUUUUAACUGGUUUUGCCUAAAAAUCUCAGUUUUUCUAAACUUUUUGUUCUUGACGCUUUUUAAAACUAGUGGAAAUGAUUUACUCUUUAUCCCCCAAAGCACCAACUAUGAUUUCUACCAGAAAAUAUGCUGUUGAAGAAAAUUUAAACAUUUUUACUUUCCCAAAACAUGAUGAUAGAUACAAAAAAACACGAAUAACUUGAAUAAGUAAUAAGCAAUUAUCAGGAAAAAUAUUUUUGUGAACAUCUAUAUAGGUACAUUUGAACAUUAUAGAUCGAAAAAAAUUGCCAAAAUCUGAACUUUAAAUGCUUUUAAAUAAAAAAUUGUGAUUACGUAUCUUUAAUAUUUUUUACUGCUAUUAUUAUAACAACUUAUGAGGAAUGAUGAUAUGUAAAUUUAAAAGUUGUUUGAUAAUGCAAACAUUUUUUUGUUGAUGUACAGUGGAACCUUUAUUAGGUUCCCUUUUCAAGGGAAAUUAAAUUUGUUCCAAUUACUAAGGAUAGUUUUGCUUAGGUUAGAUUAGGCACAGAAUUAAUUUCAAAUUAUCAAGGCUCCACAUAGAAAUAAAACUAUAAUAAAUUGAAAGUUUUUAAUACCUAUAAAUAACUCAAAACGAGUCAACAUAUUUUUAAAAUUAUACAUUUCUACCAUGUAUAGAAAAAGCUCUUGUAAAUAUUUGGUUAAAAAAAAUAUCUACGGUUAUUCGUUUUUAAAUUACAACAACAUAAGAAAAUCUUACGAUUAGAAUUUGUGUAUUUUGAUGUGAGGGGUGAAUAUCCAAUGUCGAAAGAAUUAACUUAUUUUAUUUUAUAUUAUUCAACCAUAAACAAUUUUGGCCAAAAUAUUUUUUAAUUCUCAUCAUAAUAUAUAGGAAAUAAUAAAAUAAACAAAUAAUAUUUAAAUUUUAAAUUUUAUUGAAUUACAAUAAAAUAAAAAAAUUGUUUGAUUUGAAUUCGUUUAUUUACAGGUGAGUAUUAGAGUAUCCAAUGACGAAAAAUUUUGAAUUUCAAACAUUCUUAAAAAAUUAUUUGACUUCCCAGUAUACCUUUUUGUUGUUGUUAAAAGUAGGAAAACUUAUAAGGAAUCAUGCAUUCAAUUUUCAAAUCUUAGAUAUAAAUAGACUUUUUUUUAUAAUUUCCAACUAAAAAUAAUUUGUACAAUAAUAUUGUAUGACUAAUACAUUCAUCGCUCCGCUUAGAAUCUAAAGUUUAGGUUGACAUUUUGAAAAUUCUAUAAAAUACAGAGCGAGUAAACUGUUUUCUAAUGUAAAGAAUUUAAAAAUAAUUAAUUAUUAUUUAUUAUAAUAUUGAAUCUUUUCUGGUUUGCGUGGCGUUCCCCACUCUACCGACUAACCGACGGCCACCCCGGCCCACAAUUGUCACGACGAAUUGUGUUUGUAUUUUCCACGGAGUUCAUGAGGAUAUAGAAAAAUAUUGUUUAGACACUCAGAGAUGGAAAUGCAUAUACAUUAUUUAUUAUUAUUAUAUUUUCGCAUGAAAUUAACUUUAUGUACACCUCCAAGAAUGUAUUUAUGUAUGUAAACAUUUUUUUGUCGAGGAUUGAAGUAAACAAAGAGGUUAUACACUUAUACCUACAUUUUGUAAUUUGAAUCUAUGCAUUUGUGAAUAAAAUGUUUCCGUGUUAUAUUUUGUCAUAUUUUACAACUGUAUGCAUGUAAGCACUAAGAAGUUGACAUAAUUUUAUAUUAUAUUAUAACCCAUAUUAUUAUUAUUAGCUAUUAUUGUUUAUUUCAUUAGUGAAAAUACAUAAUAUAUUUGCGCUUAUACGGUUUUAUUUUCAUAAUAUAUAAUGUCACCGAAAAAAUUGCGUGCAAUUGCAACGAAUCAAUCACGACGAUCGGGUAAAAUGUCUUUAAAAAGACGUAUGAAAGGAGUUCGCAAUGGUAAUAAGAAUUGUAAAAUUGUGAGUGAGGAUACAACUAUCAAUAAGCAGCCAACAAAUGUAUUUUUUGAAUCGUCCACAACUGGAGCUGCAGAUGGAUCACUUCCAGGACCAUCAUUUGAAGUAUACAAUACUCCAAUGUAUGAUGAUUUAUUUUGUGAGCAAUCAACAAAUAUUAUUGCUGAUUCUCCUACAAUAGAACCAGAUGAUAAAUCUCUUCCAGGACUGUCGAUUGAAAUAACUAAUCCUCCUGAAACAACAACAGAAGUAUGUUCUUUGGGUCGUCGAAUAGUGGACAUAUUCUACGUAUUUGAACAAAUUAAAAAAUGUAUCCACGAAGGGGGUUUUGGAUGUACUUUCAUGGAUAUGGAGUUUGUACGUGAAAUACGUUUUGGUCUACGGUCGCAAUUUCAAUUCACAUGUAAAAUGUGUAAAGUUAACAUGAAAAUUGAGUCUGAAAAAAAGGUCCCAGAGACAUAUUUGCCUAUAAAUUUAGCCGCAAUCAGUGGUUCAAUAUCUAUCGGAAUAGGAUAUUCACAACUCGAGGAAAUAUUAGCUUCCACCGAUAUUCCAUGUAUGAGCAGCAGUACAUUUUUAUCUGGUCAAGAAGAAAUCGGUGACAAAAUUCAUUGUAUUGCCCAAGAAGCAAUGAGAUUAGCCGGUGAAGAAGAAAGGCGAUUAGCGAUCGAAGCAAAUGAAUUAGAUAUAGAUGGUAUACCUAUGUGCACAGUUGUAGCUGACGGUCAGUGGUCCAAACGUAGCUACAAAACUAAGUAUGAUGCUUUGUCCGGCGUGGCUACAAUAAUUGGAUAUAAAACCAAAAAAAUCUUAUUUAUUGGUAUAAGAAACAGAUAUUGUUUAAUUUGUCAGAGAUCGAAAAAUGCAAAAAAGUCUGCAGUUCCAAAACACACUUGUUUUUUAAAUUGGAACAAUGCUUCAACAGCGAUGGAGGCUGAUGCUGUUGCCGAAGGGUUCAAACGAAGCAUUGAAUUACAUGGCUUAAAAUUUAAUAAACUAAUUGGUGAUGGUGACUCUAGUGUCAGCAAAAGAUUGUUGGAAAUGAGACCGUAUGGUCCUAAUUUCCAUAUCGAAAAAAUUGAAUGUAGAAACCAUUUAUUAAGAAAUUAUGGUACAAAACUGGCUGCUAUUGUAAAAAAUAGUAAAUUCCCAAUACCAUUGCGAAACCAUAUUUCAAGUAAUGCAAAGCGAUUUAGAUCUGCUAUCACUAAAGCCAUAGACUAUCGGAGUAAGUUGAUUAGUCAAACGAAACAUCAAAAAGUCUCCGGAUUACGUAAAGAUAUUACAAAUAGCUUUUGCCAUAUCAUGGGUAGUCAUAAGCAUUGUGAAAAAUAUUUUUGUAAUGGAAACAAAUCAAAUGAACUUGAUUUGUUAGAUGACGCGGAAAAAUGUGGCCUAGUAAGAGAAAUAAAUCAAAUAGUUGGACGACUAGUUAUGCACACUGAAAGUUUAUUGUUGAACGUGGACAAUAAUGUGUGUGAACAGUUCAACAGUAUUAUAAAUAAACACUUGUGUGGAAAACGGAUCAAUUUUUCAUUACGAAAUUCGUAUAAUACAAGAAUUGAGUCUGCUGUUGUAUCAUAUAAUACUUCAGGUCAAUUUUUACGUUCAUUACACAAACAUGCAGUCAAUGAAAUUAGUCCUGGUCAUGUAGGAAAGAAAUUUUUAAAAUCCAGAGAAAAGAAAGCAGCAGCACUUAAAAAAAGAAGGCAGUUGUUUCCUAAGAAAAAAUUGUUUUUGAAAAAAUCGCGCGGUGCAGAUGAACAUUACGGCUUAGCUGAACCUCUUCUAGAUGAAUAUUCUUUACAUGACAUCGAAGAAAAAAAAACAUAUUUUUUGCAUUCAAUCACAUUGAAUGACAAUGCAAGGCAACAGUUGGAGUUAGAAACAAGAGAACAAGCAGCAUGUCAAAAAUGGCAUAUUGAACGAAAAAACCGUCUUACUGCUUCUAACUUUGGCCGAAUUUGUAAACGAAGAUCAACAACCUCAUGUAAGUCUUUGGUUUAUGAUUUGCUGUACAGAUAUUUUUCUUCAGCCGCAACUGAAUAUGGAAAAACAAUGGAAUCAAUCGCCAUACAAUGUUUGGAAACUAAAUUAGGCCAAAAAGUUUCUUCUUGCGGUCUAAUAGUUGAUCAAUCUAUUCCAUACUUUGCUGCUUCACCAGAUGGACUGAUUGGAGAUGACUGUCUGGUCGAAAUUAAAUGUCCUUAUUCUGCUAAAGAUCAUACAACCAUCAUUGAUGCUAUAAAUGACAAAAAAAUAAAAUUUCUUAAAAUUAAUAAAAAAUCAAAUGAACCAGAAUUAAAGAUAACUCAUGAUUAUUAUUAUCAAAUUCAAGGGCAAUUGCAUAUAAGCAAAAAAAUUUAUUGUUAUUUUGUUGUAUUUUCUGACAAUUGGAUACACAUUGAAAAAAUUGUAUAUAACGAUGAAUUUUGGCAAAACGAAAUGUGCACUAAGUUAACAAGGUUUUAUCUAGACUGUGUGUUACCGGAAAUAGUAAUACCUCAAUAUGGCAAACGACUUCAAAUUCAAGACAUAAAAGACCCACAAGAAAAGAUUGUUGAAUGAUUAUUACCUUUAUGAUGACUGAUGAGUUAUGGCUAUAUUAUAGUAUAUUACUAUUAUAUUAUUAUAUUAUUAUAUAUUAAUAUUAAUAUAUCUAUUAUUAGUAUUAUUAUAAUUAUAUAGGUAUACUAUACUCUAAUUAGUAUAUUUUAUAGUAUAAUAUAAUACUAUAUUUAUAUUUAUAUACAGUAUAUUAGGCCAAAAUAUUGAAUAUUUAUAAUGUAAUAUAUCAUUUGAAUUAUUUUUUUUAAUUAUACUAUCGUUUUAUAAUAUAAUAAAAGCAAAAAAAUAAAAUAAAAAUUAUAACAUAAAUAUUUUUAUAAUUUUUUUUUUUUAUAAAUGUUUAAAGUUAGAAUUAUUUUUAAAUGUUUUGUUUUUGCAUAAGUAGAAUUGAAAAUUUUAAUAAUGAUUAAAUAAUAAUAUAUGAAUAAUUCCCCAUAUCCUUCAUUUAAUAGAUAUUGUGUACAAUACUCAACUUCUUAUAUUAUUAUAUGGUUAAAAAUAAAAUAAGUAAAUACAUCAAUACAUAAUAUUAUCUAGUAUUCAAAAUUAUUUAAAACGUUAGGUACCUAAUAGGUUAUACGUAUAAUGUAUAUACAAUAUACCUAUAUGAGAUUAAACUAUCGUACGAGGUACGAUAAGUACUUCAGGUCACCUAUAAGUUAUUACACGAUGCAAUAAAUUUACUAAAAAAUCUAUUUAAUCGUAAAUCGUAAUGAAUUUAUUAUUUUACAUGUACCUAUUUCAAAAAGUAAUUAGGUUAUAAUUAAUAUAAAUCGAGUUAUGUUGUAUAUAAUGGAGUUAGGUUUGUACGCACUACGCUUUGUUUAUUAGUCAAAAUAUUUCAUCAAAUAAGACUACAACAUAAGCUUUAAUUAAUAAAUAGAUUGCGAAUUGUGUGUUAAAGCAAGCGCGCCGCGCGACAGUACAUGAGAAAAACAAUAGUAAUAAGUAAUACAAUUUACGCACGCAAGUAGGUACGUAAUAGCAGGCUGUCUACUGCAUUGACAUUUGACGCGAAACGCUCAAAACGGCCGCUCGUGAAAUAAUAAUGUACCUCUCCCGCGAUUACGACGCACGGACACAGUCGCGUAGACGAUGGGCGUGGUUACGGCCUGCCGCGACGGCGGCGAGACGGCGCACAACGCCAUCUCUUGAGCGUUGCAUACAUUUCA